GUCGCGUUUUUAUGAUCGCCCGACGGUGAUCCUUGUGUUCCGAAGAUCUCGCCUGGAUUUUCUCCUCGAGUUGCAGCAUAUUUUCUUCCUGCACGUGAUUUUAUGGAAAAAUCUACAUCGCAACGGGAACGAACAGGAACGCGUAGUGUUCGUUUCACGCGAGUCCGUAAUAACGAAAUAUGUGGUUGUCGUGCCUGUUCUAAGAGUAAUCACGGUUCUCGCCAUCUUUAGUCUGUCAUCAAACGUCCGGGAAUAAAAUGCAUGUUUCCUCGGUCGUUUCGCAGCGUCCGUAUUAGCUAGUAAUUUUUCCAAGAACGAACCAACCGAUUGUUCGUAAACGUCGUGGAGAAAUAGUUUCACGGUAAUCUCGUGGGUCGAAAAUAUCCUCGGAGAGUCGCCUCUUUCGUAGUGCCGCGACGGUUUUGUCGUUCAAAAGGAAGUGGGAUGAUACACUGAAGAAGGAAGUUACCCUGCAUGGACCGUACUGAAGACAAAAAAAUAGAAAUCAUUGGAAGAAUGACGGCCAUGAGUCAGGACGAAAUUGUGGCUGGUGCCAGAACGGUGGCCCAGGGGUUGGAAGCCCUUCGUGUGGAACACGAGGGACUUCUGCAGGGCCUACAAUCGCAAGAUGCACCGGCUGCAAGAGACAAGUCCAGCUUGUUAUCUAAAAACAUCGAGAUGAUAGAGUUGGGUCUUGGAGAGGCUGAGGUCAUGACGGCUCUUGCUAACCAUUUGCAGAAGGUCGAAGCUGAGAAACAGAAGCUUAGGACGCAGGUCAAGAGGCUGUGUCAGGAAAAUGCAUGGUUAAGGGAUGAAUUGGCUGGAACACAGCAAAAACUGCAAGCUAGUCAACAAGCGUUAGUCGCAUUGGAGGAAGCUAACAAACAUUUAGAAUUCAUGCACAGUAUGAGACAAUACGAUCCCGAUCCUCCUGCUGACGAUGAGACUUCUAAAGAUAGACUAAAGUUAGGUAAAGAUCCUGUGGUUGAUCUGUUUCCAGAUGAUGAUGUGGAUGACCGAAAUAGUAAGUUAAUAUCACCAACACCGCCAUCGCAAUUUGCACAACAAGUGAACGCUGGAUAUGAAAUACCUGCGCGCUUACGUACACUGCACAAUUUGGUAAUUCAAUAUGCAGCCCAAGGUCGUUACGAAGUGGCAGUGCCUCUUUGCAAGCAAGCGCUGGAGGAUUUGGAGAAAACUUCUGGCCAUGACCAUCCCGAUGUGGCCACAAUGUUAAAUAUUCUUGCUUUAGUGUACAGAGACCAAAAUAAAUUUAAAGAAGCGGCAAAUUUGUUGAACGAUGCUUUGUCUAUUCGAGAAAAGACACUAGGCGAUAACCAUCCUGCAGUGGCUGCUACUUUGAACAAUCUAGCUGUUUUAUAUGGAAAACGAGGCAAAUACAAAGAAGCAGAGCCACUGUGCAAGCGUGCUCUUGCGAUCAGAGAAGUGGUUCUCGGACGUGACCAUCCAGACGUUGCGAAACAAUUAAAUAAUCUCGCAUUACUCUGUCAGAAUCAGGCUAAAUACGAGGAAGUUCAACGGUAUUACCAACGGGCUCUCGAAAUCUACGAGAUGAAACUUGGUCCAGACGAUCCUAAUGUCGCGAAAACGAAAAACAACUUGGCGUCCUGCUUCUUGAAACAGGGGAGAUACAAAGAAGCCGAGGUUCUGUACAAACAAGUGUUGACCAGAGCGCACGAGAAAGAAUUUGGUGCUAUUGCUAGUGAUAAUAAACCAAUUUGGCAGGUCGCGGAGGAAAGGGAGGAGAACAAACAAAAGAAUAAAGAAAAUACUCCUUAUGGAGAGUACGGAGGUUGGCACAAGCAAGCGAAGGUAGACUCGCCUACGGUCACGACGACUUUGAAAAAUCUCAGCGCGCUUUAUCGAAGACAAGGGAAGUACGAGGCGGCGGAUACUCUGGACGAUUGUGCUCUGAGGUCAGGGAAGGAGCAGACAUUGGAGUUCGUGAAGCAGGGGAAGGUCGCGCAAAUUCUAGGAGAGGGAAAGGGAUCGACAAGACGUGGUUCACGGUCCAGUUUAGCGAAUAGCGAAUACGAACAACACGAUGAGAGCUCGCUGGCACAAAGGGCGCUACACGAAGGACAGUCUGGCCACAACGACGCUAAUUCUAACAAACCCGGUUUUAAAAACAAGAUUUUUCAGGCUUUCGGCAUUCACUCUUCCACGUAGGAUUAUUUUUCGUCUGUAGUAUUGCUACUGUCGUUCAAUUAUGCCUGAUCACUCAAACAAAUUUGUCGGUGUAUCACCCAAGGUCUGUACUCCCAAGGAGAGAGAGAAAGAGAGAGAGAAAGAGAGUGAGGUGAUACUUAAUCGUUGACGAAUAUUAAUUAACGAGGAUUUAUCGGAACGGUGCCUGUCUAUGAUUGUCUUUUCAUGAGAACUAUUCCUGGAUUGAAAACUGCUAUGGACACGACCCUAGUGACUGCGCGUAUCACUGGGAGGCAUAAAUGCGUAGUUGGAUUGUAGGAAAUGGCCUUUUUGGCAAUUCUGGGUAUUCGAUACUGUUUCCCGCAGCCAGGUAUCCCCCCGGUAAAAGCACAUCGUAACUGCACAUUCUCUUUUUACAUUUACAAGUGUUUCGUAUAACGUUCCUUGCUAUUUUUGCUUUUUCCGAUCACUACGAGAAUAUAUUUCGGUAUUAGAGAAUACCGAAGCCUUUUUUACAAAACACUUCCAUUCAUAAGCUGUGAUAAUAACGCUUUCGAUUAGUUUCUUUUGUUUUCUCUUUUUAAUUAGACGAAACGUCGAGGAUAUUUAACUCGAAGGAGGUGCUUUUCAGUGAAAAUUUUUGUUCUUCGUGCUCUGCACUAUUUAUGCAUAACGACAAUAAUGGAAUCGUUGAAAUUUCUUACGCUUGUAUUACACGUACCCCGUAUAUAGAAAGCGAUUAGGCUAAACGAUGCUUCCAGAAAACAUUAUUUUGAUAACAGAAUGUACAGUUUACUGUUUCACGCGGUACUCUUUUGGCCGAUGAGAAGAGUGACAGUAACGGUAGACAGUGUGAGAAUCGAGCCGUUCUCUUUUUUUUUCUGAAGCCAAAAAUACCGCGAAGCUACGCACACAAAGUAACUAUGAGUAGUCAGUCGAUCCUUAGCAGCAGCUUUGCUUAACUAUAUAGUUCAGUAUAGAUUCGCAAAGGUGGCCGUUUAUAAUUGAUGUGCAGAAAAAUUAAUAGUACUGUGACGAUCGGCAGGUGAACGAGCGAAGAAAACGCAUUUAUUGUUUUAUGACCAGAUGUUUCAUACAAAUGUUUUCUUACAGUUUAUUCCGAUUUUACUACGAGUGCACGUACACCCAUACAUACACAACACGCAUACACGAUCAUAUAGAACUUCCCGGAUUUUCCCAAUAAUUCGUAUUACCACUUUUGCAUUCAUUAUCCCUUUUAUGUAAUAAUGCGUUUUACUUUAAAUUAUUGAUUUAAAGACAUUUUAUCUGGCUUAAGGUUACAUUGACUGUGUCCUAUUUUUUUUUUUGUAAUGUUAUUGCGAUGUGAGGUGUCUCGAAAUUAUUGCAAUAUUUUAACUGUCCCCCCCCCCCUUCAGAGUAUUAUUAUAUAUUUGUAAAGAAUGGAUAGAUCUUGUGCAAUUUAUACUAUUCGAAUUUGCAGUGGUCCGUUCAUCUUUUGCAUGUAAAUGAACUUUUUCUUUGUACUUUUACGAGCCAGAUAGAUUGUUUUAUAUAGGAUUAUUCAAUUCGUAGGGAUGUAAUGUUUAUAAUUGAAACUAUACCUUCACCACGUGUCCCUUUUAUUUGAAUAAUUGUAUCAAAGACAAUUCUCUUUUUGUACUAAUUGUUACAAAGUUGAUUUAGAUGCAAAAGAUAUACAGUCUAUGCUAUGCAUAUUAUUAUUAUUAUUAUUAUUAUUAUUAAUAUUAUUAUUACUAUUAAUAUUAAUAUUAUUAUUUUAAACGAGUCUCAUUUGUAUAACAAGUAAUUAUUACAUUUUAGAAAGAUACGAAGGGUACUUUUUCCACAUAUGAGGCACCUUGUAUCCCAGUUCUACUUAUUACAGAUAACACUUUCGAGUCUCCGUUUUUAAAACGAAAGAACAACAACAAGUACGUUGUUAGGCUAAUGAAUACACAAUGUUUGUAAUGUUUGAACUUGCAAAUCAGUAACAAACUGGAAUAAUUUAAUAUAAGUAGUGCCUUGAUACUUUAACGAGCGAAUGAAUAAAUUAUUUUCUAACUGAGACAACGUAUCCUAUUUGUUAUUUGAUUCACAUAUUGUUGUUGUUGUUGUUAUUGGGGGUGACCGUUACAUUCUCCAUGUAUCUUGAGUUUUGCUAUCAUCGUUAUCUUAUUGUUGACAAUUUUAUGUGUAGAAAGAUACACGUACCUUCAUUUGAGACAAACCAACGAGAAUGUGUAUACAUAAUCGGUUUUGCAUAAUUAAUUUUACUCGCACGCAUUUGUGUUGUUAACCAUCAUCAUUGUUACCAGUCGUUUUUUUUCGAUAUCCUGUGUUUUCGUUUUGUUUCGCUUUGAUUUGAGUACUCUGCGGGCCGGGACUUAGAUAAAAGGAUGUCACCUUAAGGAGUACGAUUUCGUCUGGACCGGAAACGGAACAAAAGUAAUUUAUCUAACAGGAAAGGAAGUACUUCGUACGCGCGCAAUAAAGGAUACAAUGUAAUAAACGUACCGCGCGCCUACGAGAAAGGUUACACAACUCAAACUAGUAUGUUUUCUAGGAGAACCGAGAUACUUGUUUAUCGAACAUGAUCGGACGUUACCUUGUUAAUCAACUUUAUGAACAAGAAGAAUAUUACUCGUAACAGAUAGAUUCAAGUAUACGCACUUAUUCACAAUGAGAGACAGGACACAACUACUAAUAAUAAGACGUAUUUGUAGGACAGUGCAACAAUGAAUCGGAAUAGAGCGACUAUAAAAUGCUCGCGUGUCGGCCAAAUUAUGAAGAUAAAAUUGAAUAAGAUUUCCAUGAUGUAAGUUGGGGGAAAUGUGUCUGCGAACAUCUUUAACAAGUGAUCACACGAAAAAGUCGUGUUACGUGAGUUGUGUUAUUUUCCUCGCAAGGUGUGCGGAUAUGCGAAUCGAUGAGUUUCAAAUGAUGUACAGGGCACUGCAUUGUUUAACACGCAAGGAAACUAUGUCUGAUGUCCGUUUAAUCUGUUCUGGAUCGUUAAACGUAUACAGCACAUUCCAGCUGCUUUUAAUCAGGCGCACCGCAACGGAGUCACUCUCUUCGUGUUGCUGAAUUUAACCGGGCAACGAUUGCGGCUUUGUGGCUAAGCAACCAAUAUAAUUUGGUAAUAGCGAGAAUGGUUGCCAGGUAAAUUGGUCUUUCCUGCUUUGAAUGUACUGUCUGAAUCAAAAGGAUCAUGAAUAGCAAAAAAGAAAAAAAAGAAAAAAUGGAGAUUUAACAGAAGAAUGGAAACUAUAGAAGUUACUGACCUAAACGACCGCCAUGUAUUCAGUUCCCCUCUGCAUUGUGGAGGUGUGACAGAGCGAUUGAAAACCGUUCGAACAACUGGGUAUACGUAUCUUUUCGUUGCUCACGUUUGCUAUGAUCAAUUUAACGCGACAGGAAUCAUUCCAUGAGCUACUAAUCUUUCUUUUUGUUUUCUGAAUCGACGCUAACCGAAACGAAACAACGUUUAGCAUGAUCGAUAUGCUAAAACGAAGAAGAAAAAAAUCUGUAACUUCUCUCUGUCAAUGUAUUCGAUGUGUCUUGAUCGUGGACUCGGUAGAAGAAUCGUGUUAACGUGUAUUUAUUUGAAUGAUUUUGUUAAUUUUAUCGGGAUCGGAUGGGUGUCGCGAAACCGGAGAAAGAGAACAGUUCUUGAGGACAUGAGGUGUAAAACGGUUUAGGGGGAACGUUUAUAUGUCGCUUAAAAAACAUUAAAUGUACUCUUUACACAACCAUGCACAUUAGAAUUACGCAAGCGUAUCAUUCUCCAAUUAGUUAAAUUAACGAAUGAAUUAUUUAUGUAAUCGGAAUAUGUAAUUUAUGUUUGCCCCGCGAUUCGUUGAAUUGACAAUGGUGCAAACACGACGGAUAUUAUAAUAUAUGUAUUAUAGGGAUCACGGUGUUGAAUCGUGAAGGGUUUUAGGGACGCAUUUAAUUAAAUUAUAUUGCGAAAUUUUUCUGCGAAGAACGAACGUUCUUUUUAACAAUUGUAUUACCCACGUUACAUCGUCGCCUGCUGUUAGAGACAAGGAGCAUUGCAACCGGCUGUGAAUAUCAAAUAUUCGUCGAGUCCAGUGUUGUCCGAUGAAAAGUAGUCGAGUCCUCAUCCAAUCAGAAUAUCUUUCAGUUCGAUUACAAACUGAUCCUUUCGCCGUGACAGAUAAUGCUUCACAGAAUGCCUCUCUGCUAUAUUAAAACACAAUCAUCGACCAUCUUUCCAUCGUUGAAACUAUAGUUGCUUCACUUUCAUAUUAAGUAAAGAUAAACUAUGAUCACGCAAUGGAAAAUGGUAUGGUUGCAGGUAGUCUCUACGCUAGAGGUACUAACAAGAGGAAAAAUCUUCUUUUAAGAGGCUCGGUUAUCAUUCAACCAUUAUCAAUUACAGCGAAAGAGUUCAAAGAACGAAGUUUACCAUUUUAUUCCAUCACGCAUUGGACUAGUCUAGUUCGAACGAUUAUAGAUUCUAAUAUCAGUGCUGGUGCACGUGUUAUUGCAAUGAAUCUUACCUCUACUAAUGCCACUGAAAAUCAUUGCACCAUCAUCCACAGUCAUCGUCGGUUACGACUUGAUGAUUCUAUUCUAACUCGACUGUUCGGUCAUACAUUUUUUUUUCUUCUGAUCACCAUCUUUCAUCAUCCUUUUCGUUUCGCAGUACAUACACAUAUUUGUUUAUUUGUUUUUUUUUUCUUUUAUCUUACGUUCACGUGCGCUCUCAUCACCCUCAAUCAUGCAUUUAUCAAUUCAUGCAUAUUCUGCGCCUGAGAGCUUGAUGGCCUAGAAUUGGAAUUUCUUAAUUUUCGCUUUCAAGUGGGAAUCGUUCCUUAUUUAUUAGCGGGACGCGGCGACGCGUCCGGUUCAACAUUCGUUGUUAUUAUUAUUUAACAGUUAACCGAGCAGUUCAGAGAGUUCUGCUUUUUUAAGGUGGACAUUGGUGUGCAAUCGAAUUGGCAUUGUUUUCUUCGCGCAUCGAGUGCAUUCUCUUCUUGUGUUCCGACUUCAAUGUUCAUUAUAUUUAUUGGAUGCUUCACAUCUUUUUUUUUAGGAUAAGUAGUCGAGAUAAGUUUUAGGAAUAAGCAUCGCAGGAUAAGCAUCGGCGUCCAACUUUUAACCGUUGAAGGGGCAGCUCCGUCGCUUUCCUAUAGAAACCAGAAAACAUUGAGGUAUUGUAGCUCUCAGGUGCGAUUACUAUUACUUAAAUAACGUGUAAGUUUUGAUGUAUAAUAAAUAUUUCCUGUCGCUGAACCUGUCGUAUAAGAGCAAAUAUAUUUCCGGUUGUGAACCUUCUUGUACGUCCGCUUUUAUCGCGCAGGGAGGAAGAACGUUUGUAUCAACCGAAGGCUAUAUGAGAAAGAAAAAGAAAAAAGACAGAUCAUUUUUUAAAUUAAUCUUGUAUUCGUUCUCGGAUAUUAUUAAACUUACGCAUCGCUGUAUAAAUAUUUACGUUAGUUCUCGCCCCCCCCCCCCACGUGUUGAAUCGUGUUUCCAUUCUUUCGAAUUUCUGUCCGAUAUUCUUCUUUAUACGUUCGCUUUCAUUUCGGACAUCCUAUUUUCCUCUCACACAUACACACACACAUGUAAUUACCCAUAGGAAUGAUAUAAUGUGUAUCGAAUAAACUUUGUACAACGUC